CUGGCAACACGAUGAGGGGCAAUUACCAUUUGCUGUCUCCAGCUGUCCCGGUGGGCCUAGAACUGUCAGUGUCAUUCAUGGCGGAGAUGAUGAUCUGCGCCUUCUUCUGAGGUCUGAUAUCGUCCAGCAUCGUCGAGUUGCUUAAAGCUUUCCUCAAGUCCGCGACGUGUCCUCCAUCUCACGACCAUCGAGGUUUACAGUAGCUCAAGACCAACAAGUCUCUCGGUCGUUCGGUGCAACCCCUUGAUAUUCCAUUCAUCAUGGAUAGCUUUAGUGCCAUUCUGCUGGCUUUCCUGGCGGGAUUUAUAUUCCUCUAUCAGCGAUGGUCACGACCGAUACUCUGGAGCACCAAGCCGCUCUUUUCCAGAAAGCCUAUGACCACUCAAUCUACCUCAGACGCAUCAGAAUCGUCAACCCACGGGGUAUUCAAAGAGCCCGAUCUCCCACUCGACUGGCUCGUAGGCACCCAGACCUUCGAGCUAGAGAAACGGGCCAUUUUCAGCAAAACCUGGAUCUGCCUCGCCCACCGCAGCCGGUUCCAUAAACCAGGCGACUACCAGUCCUUCACACUAGCAGGGUUCCCCCUCUUCCUCAUCCUCGGUAAAGACGGCGAAGUGCGCGCAUUCCACAACGUCUGUCGUCAUCGUGCCUACACGAUCACCAAGAAAGAGAGCGGGUCGACGCCCGUGCUGGGCUGUCGCUACCAUGGCUGGAGCUACAAUACCUUCGGCGCGCUGAUCAAGGCCCCGCAUUUUGAUGGCCUGCCGAGCUUUGAUAAGGCGCAGAACGGUUUGUUCCAGAUCAGCGCGGUGACGAGUGGCGCCGGGUUUGUGUUUGUUAAUUUGGAGGUCGUGACGGCGGUGGAGGGGCCGGAUGUGGGCCUGUUGGAUGCUUUUGCGGGGAGAGGUGGGCUUGUGUCGCGGAAUACUUCUCCCUGGGUGGCUGGGGGGGCUAUUGAGGGGGCUUUCAAUUGGAAAUUGGGAGUCAAGUUGCUGCACUUGGACACCCAACGACUGGAAAAAGAGGUUGCGCCAACGCCGUGGCUGGCGAACUUGAUCAAUUGCUUUCAACGACGACAAGGCAGCUGUACGCUGUUCCCUACUACGUCGGUUGCUACAAUUCACGGCACGCGAUGGUGGUAUAUGAUUAAUUUGCUGCCGCUGGCUCCGGAGAAGACACUGGUCCGGUGCGAUCUGCACUGCUCCGAGCGCGCGAGCAAGGCGCAGGUUGAGAAAACCAUGGAUAAGCUAAUGGUGCUGCUGCAAGAGAACGUUCGAGAAAUCGAAGUUGAGUAUCGGACGCUUACGGACGCCUCUCGAGAGUCUUACAUUCCGUCUGCUUCUAAGGAGUCAGAAGGCCAUCAGACGGCGAUCCUCGAGCGUCUCCAGGAGCACGUUAAGCUAGAGAAGGCCCAGGGCAGUCAGAUCCACCCGGCCAUGCGGAAACGGCGGGAGAAUCCACAGUUUGAGCAGGCUGAGCAGCUCUGCCAGUCUCUGGACUGUGUGGCCAGUGCAGGGAUGGAUAUAUCUUCUAAUGCCCCGGCUUGGUGACAUCAUUCGGCUUCGUACUCUGGGCAGUAUAGUAUGGUAUAUAUUUUUAUCUGAGCUGAACUAUGAAACAAUACCUUUCUUCUUGUCGAGGACAGAUAUCCAAGACAUAGCCUAAAUAUAUCCUUAGAGUUCGUAUACAAUAUAUUGUCGACAGACAGACCGUGUUUCUCGUAUAUCCACCAUCAAGGACCAUCUAACCUCGUAUCCUCACACUCAACGAGCUUCUA